CAGGACAACCCCGCUGGCGCCGCCGUCCUGCCGGGGCCGGAGUUGGGGGGAUGUCCUUGGCCUUCCCUGUGGGCCGGAGGCAAAUCCCCUGCCUGUCCUUCUUGCUUCCUGCCCCAGGCCCCGAGCUGAGGACGGAGAGCCCGGAGGACAAAUCCCCCCGUGAGACCCUGGUGGGAGAGGCCGUUUUGAAGGGCUCCCCGGCGCAGGAAGGCAGUGGGGAGGAAAAGGGCCGGAGAUCCCCCUGCAGGAGGGGCUCCAAAGCCAUCCCAGGGUGCUCUGAGGAGGAAAGAGCCAGCCUGUGCCGGGAAGGUGGCCGGAGCUUGAGCCAGAGCUCUGAGCUGGUGGUCCCUGAGCAGCCUCCCAGCAGGGAGAAGCCCUUCAGGUGUUUGGAAUGUGGGAAGAGCUUCAGGACGAGCACCCAGCUCCUCACCCACCAGCACAUCCACACUGGGGAACGGCCCUAUACAUGUAGGGAAUGUGGGAAGAGCUUUAGUGACCGGUCCACCCUCCACACCCACCGUCCCAUCCACACUGGGGAACGGCCCUACACAUGUGGGGAAUGUGGGAAGAGCUUCAGCCUGAACACCACCCUCCGCACCCACAAACGCAUCCACACUGGGGAACGGCCCUACACGUGUGGGGAAUGUGGGAAGAGCUUCAGGUGUAGCUCCCAACUCCGCACCCACAAACGCAUCCACACUGGGGAACGGCCCUACACGUGUGGGGAAUGUGGGAAGAGCUUUAACCAGAGCUCCACUCUUCGUUCCCACCAGCGCAUCCACACCGGGGAACGACCCUACAAGUGCUUGGAAUGUGGGAAGAGGUUUAGCACCAGCUCACAUCUCCUCCUGCAUGAGCGGACGCACACGGAUGAGAGGCCCUUCCGCUGCACCGACUGCGGGAAGGGCUUCAACCGGAACUGCACCCUCAUCACCCACCGGCGCAUCCACACCGGGGAGAGGCCCUACAAGUGUGGGGAGUGUGGGAAGAGCUUCGCCCACAGCUCUACCUUGACCUCACACCAACAGACCCACCAGUAAGGGAAGCCCUACCAGUGCCAAUACAUUGUGUGAGUACAGGGCUUGAGGUGUGUGGGAUUGU